UAUAGUGGAAGUCAAGUGGGUGCGCAAUAAGAGUCGUCUCCUUUAAGAGGGUAUGAUGGCUGGAAAACAACACUCUCUUUGAGGGUUCUUCAACAGUCAACCAGACCACCAAUAGAGGCGGCGCACUUUAGCAGCGGGAAGAGGAGGAACAAGAUGGAGAUGAUGGGACUGUGCUUAUCAUUGGUUAUGGUUAUGGUUACGGUUAUGGUAUUGCUUCCACUCUGUCAUGGUGAUGGAUUGAGCAUUUCUACUCAGAACCUUGAGGUUUCCAAGCAAUUAAAGCGCUUAAACAAGCCUCCCCUCAAGUCCAUCAAGAGCCCAGAUGGAGAUAUAAUUGAUUGUGUUCAUAUCUCCCACCAACCUGCUUUUGAUCAUCCUCUCUUCAAGAACCACACUAUUCAGAAGAGGCCAAAUUAUCACCCACUAGGGCAAAUUGCUGAGAAAAAGGUGUCCAAUGUGAAGGUGAAGUCCAAUGGAGGAAAAUCAACAGUAAUAAGUCAGCUGUGGCAUACUAGUGGAAGAUGCCCAGAAGGAACAAUUCCAAUAAGGAGAACAAGAAGAGAGGAUCUUCUGAGAGCAAGCUCUAUUACAAGUUAUGGAAAGAAGAAGCACAAAACCAUCCCAAAACCAGCAGCAGCAGCCGCAGCAACCUCUGCUAAUCCUGACAUCAUCAGUCAGAGUGGUCACCAGCAUGCAAUAGCUUAUGUUGAAGGAGAUAAGUAUUAUGGAGCAAAGGGAACUAUGAAUGUUUGGGAACCCAGAAUUGAUCAACCUAAUGAAUUCAGCUUGUCACAACUCUGGAUAUUGGGAGGCUCUUUUGCUUCAGAUCUCAAUAGCAUUGAAGCUGGUUGGCAGGUGAGCCCAGACUUGUAUGGAGAUCACAACACUAGACUUUUUACGUACUGGACUAGUGAUGCAUAUCAAGCCACGGGGUGCUACAAUCUGUUAUGCACAGGAUUUAUUCAAAUAAACAAUGAAAUUGCAAUGGGGGCCACCAUCUACCCACUUUCUGCUUAUGGUGCUAACCAGUAUGAUAUCAGCAUACUUGUCUGGAAGGACCCUAAAGAGGGUAACUGGUGGAUGCAAUUUGGGAGUCAGUAUGUACUGGGUUACUGGCCAUCCUACUUGUUUUCAUACCUUGCUGACAGUGCAUCAAUGAUAGAGUGGGGAGGAGAGGUGGUGAACUCAGCAUCAGAUGGGCAACACACCACCACUCAAAUGGGUAGUGGCCAUUUCCCUGGAGAAGGUUUUGGUAAAUCUAGUUACUUCAGGAAUAUUGAGAUUGUAGAUGGCUCUAACAAUCUUAGAGCACCUAAAGACAUAAGUACUUUCACUGAGCAAUCCAAUUGCUAUGAUGUUCAAACUGGCAAAAAUGGUGAUUGGGGCAACUACUUUUACUAUGGUGGUCCUGGUAGAAACCCAAAUUGCCCAUGAUCAAAUUGAAAAACUAGGCUAAGUAGUUUUUCCUAUUUCUUGCCCCUAUUUUGUUUGUUUACUAGGAAUUUUAUGUACUCAUAAAAAUAUCUUAGAAUUGUCUAUAAUUUGAAUGUAUGAUUUAAUUUGAACUUGGUGUUGUGUGAAUCAGGUUUAAAAUAAAUUUGAUUUACACAUUUUGAAUAUUUUACAAUUUUUCUA